GGAGACUAUAAAAGCGUCAGGAUGCUGACAGCAUCACUGCCAGAAGAUGUGGCUGCAUAACGGAACACUUCAGCUUGUAUGUCAUAUGUCAACCUUUUUGAAAGUAAAAUGCUAGUAAGUUAAUAAAUCAUGCAACUCUGAGGCUUGACUAACUACAGGACAAGGGGGAUUUAUGCAUCCACACCUGCGCACCACCUGGAAGUAAGUGAAAGAGUUGGAUAACACCGCCGCCAAUACAGAGAAGCGGUCUCUUGCGCAGCAGCAUGCAGAGCAACAGCAGCGCCUCCGGACCGCUGGCCGCUCUGUGCGGGGCAGAGGACGAGAGCGAGAUCUCCAAACUUGUGAGCCUUUCGGGAGCAGCCUCUAAUCUCGCAGCUUUUAACCUCUCACUGAACUGCUGGCUCCACAUCCUCUCCAAGGAGUCCUCGCUGGACCUGCACGCAGACAGCGCAAACCUGGCAGUACGAGUUGUCAUCGCCUUGGUGUACCUGGUGGUGUGUGUCCUGGGGCUUGUGGGUAACCUCCUGGCUCUGUUCCUGCUCCACUCGCGCCGCUGGGGCCAACACCACUCGUCUAUCGACUGCUUCGUGAUGAGCCUGGCGCUGACAGACCUCCAGUUCGUGCUCACCUUGCCCUUCUGGGCCGUGGACACCUUGCUGGACUUCCGCUGGCCAUUUGGCCGGGUCAUGUGCAAGAUCGUGAGCUCGGUCACCACCAUGAACAUGUACGCCAGCGUCUUCUUCCUCACCACCAUGAGCGUGACCCGCUACCACUCUCUGCUCACCUCGAUGAAGAUGAGCAGCCCCAAGGUCGCUAAUGCUCGUGCCAGGUGGGCCAGUUUAAUUAUUUGGGUGGUGUCACUGGUGGCUACGCUGCCUCAUGCUUUCUACUCCACCACAGUCCAGGUGUCUACAGAUGAAGAGCUGUGCUUAAUGCGCUUCUCUGACUCCGACUCAGGUCACUGGGAUCCUCAAGUCCUGCUUGGACUCUAUCAAACACAAAAGGUUCUCCUUGGAUUUGUAAUUCCCUUGACCGUGAUCUCUGUGUGCUACCUCCUUCUCCUGAGGUUCAUCCUGAGCCGACGCAUCGUAGGCAGCAUGGAGAGCGGGACCCUCACAGAGAGGUCAGAGUGUGAGAGAGGACGCCACCGCCGCCACCGCCGCCACCGCUCCAAAGUCACCCGCUCCGUUACAAUCGUAGUUCUGUCAUUCUUCAGCUGCUGGCUGCCUAACCAGGCUCUCACUCUGUGGGGGGUGCUGAUCAAAUUUGACUUGGUGCCCUUCACUAAAGCCUUCUACAACGUCCAGGCCUACGCCUUCCCCCUGACUGUGUGUUUAGCUCAUGCAAACAGCUGUCUCAACCCUGUGCUCUACUGCCUGAUCCGAAAAGAGUACAGAGCAGGACUGAAGGAGCUCCUGCUGAGCGUGUCCCGCUCCGUCCGAAAUGUUUUCAAUAGGGCUCUGAGAGGGAGGAGAGUGGAGGACAUCGUCAUGUGAUUAAUACAAUUCUUCGCUUGCUUGCUGAACGUUGAGAAAACUGAUACCAACCUCAUGUUUGUAAGCUUAAUAUGAUGCUACAGCCAGCAACUGGUUAACUCAGCUUGACACAAAGACACAUUUGGUCUCAUUUGGUCUCAUUUGGUCUCAUUUGGUCACUUAACCCUUGCAAAAACGAAGCGAAAAGAUGACAAUCUGUCCAAUUACUGUGACUGUGCAUUUUUGCCUCUCUCUCUGUGAACAAAGGCCACAGCUAAUCAUGUUCCCGUGUGACACUAUUGUGUCAUUAUUUUACAUUUGCACAGAAACCUGAACAGCAGGGUUAGGGUUAGGGUUAGUUAAUUAUUUCCGUUUUCCCACUUUGGAACUGAUCUCCUUCAUGACAACUACAUUCUUGGAAACGAUCAAACCCCUGAUUGAGCCCACUCUUAGUGACAAUGGCAGCAAACAAAAUACCAUGUGUUGUUUAAAAAAUGUUAACCUGUAAAGUUAUUUUUCUACUUUGCAUCUCAGACGCCUACAUAUGCCAUCAUUAGGACGGUAUGUUUGUUCAUUUUCACUAUUGAUGUGUUUAAUAUUUGUGUAAUUGUUGCUAAGUCAAUAAGGAUACAGUUAAAGCAUGAACCUGCCGUCUUUCGUGUCUCUCUGCCUUGCCGUGCCACCGUGAGUCGUUUUGUAACUGCCCAGAUGUAAUGUGACAUUAAAAAAAU